GGCAUGAGUGUAGAGGACGGGGGUAUGCGAGGCCUGGGCCGUCCCAGGCAGGCCCGCUGGAUGCUGAUGCUACUCCUGUCCACUACCAUGUAUGGUGCCCAUGCCCCAUUGCUGGCCCUGUGCCAUGUGGAAGGCCGUGUGCCCUUCCGGCCCUCCUCAGCUGUGCUGCUGACGGAGCUGACCAAGCUGCUCCUGUGCGCCUUCUCCCUCCUGAUGGGCUGGCAGGCAUGGCCCCGGGGGGGCCCACCUUGGCGCCAGGCUGCCCCCUUUGCUCUGUCAGCCCUGCUCUAUGGCGCAAACAACAACCUGGUGAUCUACCUGCAGCGGUACAUGGACCCCAGCACCUACCAGGUGCUGAGCAAUCUCAAGAUUGGAAGCACAGCCUUGUUCUACUGUCUCUGCCUCCGGCACCGCCUCUCUGCACGCCAGGGCUUAGCCCUGCUGCUACUUAUGGCAGCGGGGGCCUGCUAUGCAGCUGGGGGCCUCCAGGACCCUAGCAGCACCCCGGCUGGGUCCCCCGCGGCAGCAGCUGCCAACCCUAUGCUCCUGCACAUCACUCCACUGGGACUGCUGCUUCUCGUCCUGUACUGCCUCGUUUCCGGCUUGUCCUCUGUGUACACAGAACUGCUCAUGAAGCGCCAGCGGCUGCCCUUGGCCCUUCAGAACCUCUUCCUCUACUCUUUCGGCGUGCUUCUGAACCUCGGCCUGCACGCAGGCAGUGGCCCGGGCCCAGGCCUCCUGGAGGGUUUCUCAGGCUGGGCAGCACUCGUGGUGCUGAGCCAGGCCCUCAACGGACUGCUCAUGUCGGCUGUCAUGAAGCACGGCAGUAGCAUCACACGCCUCUUCGUUGUGUCCUGCUCACUCGUGGUCAACGCUGUGCUCUCAGCAGUCCUGCUGCGGCUGCAGCUCACGGCAGCCUUCUUCCUGGCCACGCUGCUCAUUGGCCUAGCCGUGCGCCUGUACUAUGGCAGCCACUAGCCCCUGACCACUUCCCCCUGACUCCUUACCCUGUCCAUUGGGCCCCUCUCCUCUCAGCAGCCCUGUAACAAGUGCCUUGUGAGAAAAGCUGGGGGUAUGAGAGCAGUCAAGUUAGUCUUGGGAGGCGGGCGCCUCUGGGAGCCUUGAGUUACUUUGGCCAAGGAAAUGACCCCUACCACACACACAUACACACACAUGCAAAUGACCCCUAACACACACACACAUGCACGCGCACAUGCCUACACACGCACACAUUCUUCAGACCCAGGAAUUGCGGAAGCACGAAUACCUGAGAAGUCACCGUGGCCUCAAUAGAGGAGGCUCCCAGCACAUCCUGCGGAGAUGGAGUUGGGAGUGGACAGCAACUGGCUCUCCUGGCUGCCUCUGGUUCUGUGGUCAUCCUGGCGGCCCCUGCACCUGGGUGCUGGUUGCUCCAGCCGAGCUGUGGUGCGUGCCACCCCUAAGGGAUCCUCACCCCCACUAUGCUGCAGGGAAGCCCAGUUGCCACAGAUUAUAUGCCUAUCUCCCAUGCCCCCUCUGCCAAGCUCCCCCACUUCCGUGAACACCUGGAGACUGUGCCCCUAUCACCUCCACAGUGCUGCUCCACUCCCAGCCUUCUGGAACCCCUGGGAGGGCUGGGGCUUGACUCAUCUCAGGGAUUGUUGCCCCUGGGCUCUGACUUAAGCCUAUACCCCUGACCUCUCUGCUUACCCCCAGGUCCCACUGCCCCUCUGCGACUCCUCGGAGGUUCCAUCCUUCCCACUCUGGGACCUGGCCCUGCCCAACAGCGUCCCAGCUCCCAACAGCCCCAUGAAACUCCGUACAAGUGACCUGGGAGCAGGUGCAGAGAAUUGUGUAUAUCUCAAUCAGUGUCUCUAAUGGGAGAGCAAUAAGGUCUUAAUAAAGUGUUCCUAU